AUGACUCGGAGUUUCAGCGGAAUCUGGGACAGAGUGCCGAGUGGGGCACUGGACCAGUUUAUUCAGCAUCAAGUAGUGCAACGGAUCGGUCGUCAUUCAGGAUGCACGUUUUGGAGCACCUUUUUGGGCCUAUUCGCUGGCACCAUCGCUGCUGACAUUCUCGAUUGUAACUUUAUCGAUACUGUCAAUUUGACAAACAGCUGGAAGUUCCCGAAUGGAUCCUACAGUUACAGAGGUCUCAUCAUUCCCCCGACUCUAACGGGGGAGUACGACUACGAGAUCCAGUUCGACGGAGCCAGCAGAUCGGUGGCCAGCCACACAAGAGGAUGUGUGUGCAGGGUGAAGCCCUGCAUUCGAUUCUGUUGUCCACUGAGUAAAGUGAUGCAGUACAACAGGUGCUCGCCACAAAGCCAGAACAAGUACGCCUACAACAUGACCCUGGAUAUAACCCAAGACAAUGGAACAGUAACAAGUAAACACGUUUUAGAGGACUUUGUUGUGCAGGAGGAUCUACCACUGCCUUGUGACAAUCAUUUUGCCCUAAACAGACAUAAAUAUACCACAGAUCUGUGGACAUUAUACGAGAAUGGAACGCUCUUGCGACAAUGCGACAAGAGAUACCUUUCCAAGCAGGACUACUGUCUGCAGCCCCGGAGGUCAAGGGAACAAAUAGGCUAUAACUACACCAUCGUUCCUUACAACUGCUCCAUAGAUCCGGACAGAACAAUGGCUUAUGUCAAGGCGAUAUCUGUGAUAUUUAUGGCCAUUACCAUUGCCGUGUACCUUUGGCUGCCCCAGUUUCAAUCCCUCCACGGAAAGUGCUGCAAUCUGUACUUUAUCUGCCUGACAGCCACCUUCCUGCUGAAUGUCUUCAGCAUUUUCAACGUAUUCGACAGCAAAAUGGCAUGCUCUAUUAAUGGUAGCAUCAUACAAUCAUCCCACCUGAUACAUGUUCGAUAAACAAACACAUUUUGUAACCCAGGUUAUGCUGGGUACUUUGCAACGAUGGCCACGUUUCUCUGGCUCUCCGUCAUAUGCUUCGAUGCGUGGAGCCGAAUCGUUAUGCGUCGG